AGGAGCGGGGGGGGCUCUCUCGGCGACGGGGCCGCGCGCGCGCCGCGGGGCGGCGGCGGGGGCGCCAUGCCCGCCCCGGCGGCCAAGAAGGCCCCGCCGCAGGAUGACGACUCCAGCUCGAUAUUGGCGCGGCUCACUUCUGAGCUGAAGCAGAGCGAGCAGCCGGAGGAGAACGGCACGGAUGUGACUAUCCUCUUUUGCGGCGCCAAGAGGGCCGGGAAGACGUCCCUGAUAGACCGCUACAUCAACCCCCAGAAAGACGAGAAGGAUGUUCCGAAGCCCACCGUCGCCCUGGACUACAAGUACGCGCGUCACACAGUGGAAGGGUCUGCUUCCAAGGUGUUGGCGCACAUCUACGACCUCAGCGGAACUGACGUCACCGCCGAGGUCCUCUCCAUCCCGGUGUGUGCAACCAGCGCGGGCAACCUCGUGCUCGCGGUGGUCGUGGACCUGUCCGAGCCGCACAGCGUGCUGCCCAGCCUGGAGAGGUGGCUGCAGCAGUUGCGGGCCCAGGCCAACAAGAGUCUGGACGCCCUGGCCAAGGAGCCUGCCACGGGGGCGAAGCGCGUGGAGGCCGUCAGGGCCGCGCGCCUGGCGGCCUUCGAGGGGCACGCCGACCUCGCCCAGAUGCAGCCCUUCCCAGUGCCCCUGGUCAUCCUGGGCGCGAAGUGGGACGUCCUUGCUGGAAACGACGUCACGCCCGAGCAGCGCAAGAGUCUGUGCCGCGCGCUGCGCUUCUUCGCGCACUCGAACGGGGCCCACCUGGUGUUCACCUCUCUGAAGGACAAGACCGCCAUGGGCAACGUGCGGAACCUGCUCCGGUGGCUCCUCUUCGGCGUGCCGCCAAGCAAGAAGCGGGCGGCUCUGGCCGCUCCAGGUGUUUGGCACGAGUGCCCAAACUGCACGGCUGCCGUGCGCGUGGCUGCCGACGUCGCGCCGACCAGUUGCAUUUCUUGCCCGGUGCGCUCUGUGCGGGUGAACGCUGGCGUUCCGGUGGCGUGCGACUUCAAAACCGAAGCCCUGGCUUGGCGACUGCGUGCUGUUGUUCCAGACGACCGCGCGCAAGCGCGCACUUCGGCGGUCUGGGAGUGCAUCGUCGAGUUCGAGACCAAGCACUUGGCGGGCCAGCAGAUCCCAGGGGGCUUCUGGACUGCCGUGCGUGGAGAGGCACCCAUGGGGCCUCCAGGUCUGGACGAGCAGCCGGGGCGGGCAGGGGACGCCCAUGGCGCAGGCCGCCCCGCCGCCUCGGGGGCCGCCGGCAUGGUGUGGGACUGCCUGUCUGGCAUGUUCGGCAGGGGUGCAGCCGCCAAGCCGAACCUCGGGAUCGGCCUGGGCAGACCCGUGAGCGAGCCACACGGGAACGAAGAGCGGCCGAAUGGCAUGCCGCGGAGCUUCGAGGAGCUGAAGUCUCUGAGAUCGACGUCCAGCGGCGAGCGGCUGAAGGAGUUCUGGCGGCACUUCGCGCGGCUGGACCUGCAGCCGCUGAGGAGAUUGGCUGCUGCAGCGUAUACGGCGGCUGCAGCUCGUACGAGCUUAGAGAAGUUUGCGAGCGCUUGGAGAGUGCCACUCAGCCCUUCGUCCUCGCGCACCAGCUGA